AUUUAUUGUACAAGUACGUAAAUUUCAAUUCAUCAUAAUCUGUAACUUCCGUCUUGGGCGACCGAUUCCUUUUCCGGUGUGAGCGGUGUAAACAACUUCUUCAACCAUGGGUAAGAGAAAUAACAUGAUCCCUAAUGGACAUUUCCAUAAAGAUUGGCAACGAUUCGUCAAGACCUGGUUUAACCAGCCAGCUAGAAAGCUUCGUCGUAAGCAAAGUCGUGUGAAGAAAGCUCGUGCAGUUGCACCAAGACCUGUCAAACUGUUGAGACCGGUUGUCCACUGCCCAUCAUUCCGUUAUCAUACAAAAGUUAGGGCUGGCAAAGGUUUCACAUUGGAAGAAUUGAAAGCCAGUGGUUUGAACAAAAGAUUUGCCAGGACUGUAGGGGUUGCCAUUGAUCCAAGAAGACGUAACAAAUCAGUUGAAUGUUUGCAAGCAAAUGCUCAACGACUGAAGGAAUAUAAAUCAAAACUAAUUCUCUUCCCACUGAAUGAAAAGAAACCUAAGAAGGGAGAUGCAACUGAAGAGGAAAUGAAAGUUGCAAGCCAAGUUAGAGGAGAGAUCAUGCCCAUAAGACAUCAAGCACCAGCUAAAGCCAAGGCUCGCGUCAUCUCUGAAGACGAACGGAAAUUCUCCGCAUAUGUAACUCUUCGCAAAGCUAGGGCUGACGCUAGAUUAGUUGGAAUUCGUGCGAAACGUGUAAAGGAUGCAGCGGAAAAUCCUGAUGAUGUUACAAAAGUUGCCAAGGAUAAAAAGGUUAAGAAGUAACUUCAUUGCUUUGUAUAAAUAAAAAAUAAAUUCUCUACUGAGAAAUGAGUUUGUUUA